GCUCUUCCUGUCCUAGCAGCAAUUGCGACACCCUGCUUUCUCCCUCCCUCUUCCCUCCUAGCUUUCUCGGCUCCGGCUGCCUGCUUAGGUUCCGACCCUGGUUCCCGCCGGGCUUCUGAUACCUGCCGCGGCUCCACUUCUGUCUUCAGGGUCGUGGGCACCUGGCUUAGAUCUCCAUCUCCAAGAGUCUGGCUCGGGUCUGGGACCUCGGAAUCCCGGGCUCCGCUCAGGACUGGCUCCCUCGCUCGCUGCUCCCGCAGCUGCCGCGCUGAGCCCUAAUGGGGGAGUGAGAAGCUACAGCCAGGCCGGACAUGGGCCACCCCACCCUGCCUGGCCUGGUGCCACUGGUGGCCCUGGCCCUGAUAGUGGAACUGUACCUUCCUGUGGUUCCUGCGAUGUCUACUCAUAAGAGGCAUCAAGAAAAGAGAGAUACUGAGUGUCCCCAGGGGAAAUAUAAGCAUCCCACAAAUGAAUCUAUCUGUUGUCUCAAAUGUCACAAAGGGACUUACUUGAAAGCUAAUUGUGGUGGUCCAGAUCUUGCGCCUCGCUGUGAGACUUGUGAAGCAGGCACAUACACAGAGAUAGAGAACUACUCAGAAGUGUGCCAUCGCUGUUCUGUCUGCAGAAAAGAGAUGGGUCAGAUACUGAAGAAAAACUGCACAGUCUCAUCAAACACAGUGUGUGGAUGCAAGGAGAACCAAUAUCAACAACAUCAAGGGGAAGAUAAGGCAUUCUUUAGAUGUGUCAACUGCAACCCAUGUCUCAAUGGCACAAUACGACAUCCAUGUCAGGAGAAACAGGAUACUGUGUGUGUCUGUAAUACAGAUUUCUUUUGGUAUAAUCACAAAUGCAUCCAUUGUAAUGAAUGUGUGCCGGAGAAAAACUGUAGAGAUUCCUGUCCCUUAACGAGUGUUAACCCAAAAGAAACAGUUCCAGUGUUGAUGUAUUUGGUGAUCUUUUUGGGGUUUUGUUGCCUCUCUCUCAUCUUUGUGGUCCUCAUCUGCCAUUAUCCACGAUGGAGGUCCAAACUGUACGUAAUUGUCUGUGGCAGGCAGUCUCCUCCUGUAAAAGAGGAAGAAAAGGAGCGGCCUCUGGUUUCACCCCCUACCUUGGACUCCACUCCUACCCCGACCCCGGCCUUCAUCAGUACUCCCGCCCCUGCCCCCACCUCCUCCUCCAUCUCCUCCCAGGUCCCUACCUUCUCCUCCUCCCAAUCCGCAAGCAAUUGGUCGACUUUGUACGGUGGACAACCAAUCGUGGCGUUGGCCCCGCCCCACCAGCAGGCCGAGCCCAUCAUCCCCCGCCCCAACAUUCCAUCAGACUACGUCACGCCAGACGUCACCACCCUACACCUUGACAAGCCAGCCAUGCUCUAUGCAGUGGUAAAGGAAGUGCCCCCCUCCCGCUGGAAGGAGUUCAUCCGUCGUUUGGGACUGGGUGAGCACGAAAUUGAACUCAUCGAGAUGCAGAACAGCCGCUGCCUGCGAGAAGCGCACUACAGCAUGCUGGCAGCGUGGCAGGAGACCGUCCCUCGGCACCGCGCCACUCUGGAUGUAGUGGCCCAGGUGCUCAAUGACAUGGACUUAUGUGGCUGCCUGCAAAACAUCCAGGAGGCCUGGAGGCAGGGCAGCCCCUCCGCACAUUUGUCCGCUCUCCCUAGGUGAAGCUGUACCAAGUACAGCUUUCCCUUUUUGGGACCUUCACAUAUGAAGGUCCAAGUCCCUAAGAUUUAUUUCUCUUCUGGAGAAGGGCUGAGAGGAGCCACGGGGCAGGCUGGAUGGACAACUCUGAAAACACCAUGCACCUAUCCAAGUGGUCAGGCUUGGGGGCUUUUAGCUCAGUAUUUAUUUGGUGCUAUAUGCUGUCAGUUGUGUACCAGUUCAGUGUACCCUGACUUUCUCAGCCAUUUGCACACUAUGUGAAUGUAGAAAAGAGAAGAAGCACUUACUUAAGUAGAGUAUUUUUUUUACUGAACCGUCUGUAUUGUCUCGGUGGGUUUGGGGAUUCUUGAGGUUGUGUUUGAGAAUGUCACUAAAACAUGGUGGUCUUGUGCUUGGACUGAAUGAAUGUAACAUGAGCACAGACUACAGAGAACUAUACCAGGUCCUCUGGCUUAGUCACUGCUUCUCUGUACAUGGUAAACCAGCAAUCUUUGUAACAGUUUUUUUACACUAAUGUAAACCCAGCAUCAUUUUUUCCUCCUUAUGGUACCUCACGUGGUUUCCUCUCAGCUUAGGGGAAUGGAAGUCAAAUACUGGGCCUCAUAAGAGCUACAAUGUUAGGGCAGAUCUUUCUUUUUGUAAAUAGUGUACACUAAAACUUUUGGAAUUAAAGCUCUACAUCAUUUAGCAAA